CAGCAGUGAGAGGACGUUAUUCUGUUAAACCGCUUUCACUCAAUCUUAAAAAAAAUUUGAGGAACCUAGAGUUUCAGUCGUGCACUGUGGAGAUGAAGAAUUGUUUUAGCACCUCGUUCAUCUUGCUGGCUGUGUCAGUCUUGGGUGUCAUGCUGAAUGAUGAUGUCUAUGAGACAGGAAGUGAAGGCAAUGCUGCGGUCAUCCUGUGUCCUUACACUGCACGAUAUAAAACUUAUCCCAAAUAUUUCUGUAAAGGAAUUUAUAAAGACUGUAAGACUCUUAUAAAAACUGAUGGUCAGAAAGCCUGGAUGUUUGAAGGAGUACUGUCUCUGUAUGACAACACUGAGAAAAAGAUGUUUGUGGUGACCAUGAAUAACCUGAGCAUAAGGGAUGCAGGACCAUACGGCUGUGGGGUUGAAAUAACAGGACAAGACCCGUUUACUGUAGUCCAUCUGAAUGUGAUGAAGGCUCAAAAACAACAUUUACCUACAUUACUGACCACCAUCUCCACUUCCCCUAAUAAAGGAAGAGCAGCAGCGAGACCCACUCAACCUACAAAGCUUCAGUCACUCUCAGGCAUCUUUACCUAUAUUGGAGGGGCUUUUGGUGCAGCACUGCUGGUGUUGUCAGUCAUUUCCUGUGUCUUCAAAUGCAGAGUAAAUAAAGGCAGUGCAGGCACAACUUGGCCCAAUUCAACAGAGAACAUGAAGGAUGUCUGCUUAUAUGAUGAGAUACAGUGCAGCAAUCCUGCAGAAGAGAAUGCCUCGGAAACCCCAGACGUAAUGCCCAGUCCUAAUCCUUAUCCAGCAUGCAAGACAAUAUACACCACAGUAACUAAUCAGAAGCAAGAACCAUAUCUUAUUAACACUUUGCCAACCAAUCAUGUGUCCUGUAGUCCGAGAUUGCACAGUGACCUCACUGAGAACCUCAGAGAACCAAAAUACUGCCAUGUAGAAUUUCCAGAUGCUGGAGAUUUCAAUCAUUCCAUGGAAUACAGUGAUACAUAUUCAACUGUACAAGGAGUCGUUGAUAACCAAAGUCCAAUCUACUCUGUAAUCAUCGCUCCCAAAACUGACAGUAAUUCUGAUUACACAAAUGUUGUGCCACCAAAACAGGACACACAUGAUGAGAGAACGUCUACAUGAGUAGGGACAGUUACACAUUUUCUACAAUGCAGACUACACAGAGUGUUGGAUGAUCUCUCUUCUAUAGAUUUUCUCAUUUUGGAUCUUCUUAAAUGAGACAAAGUAUUGACCAGUGAUGGACAAAGUACAAAAAUCCUGUACUUGAGUGAAAGUAAAGAUACCUUAGGUAAAAUUCUCCUCAUGUAAAAGUCUACUAUAUACAUUAGUACUUUAGUUAGAGUACAAAUGUACCUGAUUUCUAAUCAAAAUAAUUAUUUUGGUGCUCAGUUUCUAGACAUCUCUCUGACAGCAGACCAAAACAAAAGUUUAGGGCUUUAGAAAAACUGGCAAACAUUAAAAUUUAUUAAACACAGCAGAAACUGUUUCCUCAAAGGAAAUGGUGAAUUUUUGAACACAGAGACUCUGUACCCCAGGGAGACAUGGCAUACAAACGCUCAGAGGGUGUCAUAUUCAGAUAUUCUAGCCAAUCCAGCGUUCUCUUACUUCAGAGUGAUAAGUAACGAUGGACACGCUGCAGAAAGUAAUGGAGUGAAAGUUGGAUAUUUUGCUUUGAAAAGUAAAAAUGUAAUACUUUAAUGAAGUACAGAUACCUGUCAGGACUACGUUACCCAUCAGCCCCUGUCCAUCACGAGAUCAUGCACACACCAGUCAUGUUAAUGAGCACUGGUAUUUAAGUUCUGUCCUUGGUAGCACUGUGUGUUUUGUGUUUGUGGUGUUCACGUUAUGUUCUUAUGUUCACCUAGUUUUUGUUGUCCUAGUUCAUGUUCCUGGUGUUCUUAAUAUUCCUAAUACCUGAAAAAGAAAUACUUACAUACAGUUACACAGUACAUGUACUUUGUUACUGUCCACCACUGAUAUUUACACAACUGUUAUCUUCAUUUAACUGCAUGUAAUCUAAAAGAUUUUAUUGCACUGUUAUUCAUAAACAAUUUUCUUAAAAAAAAAAAGGAAGAAGCAUAUACUCUAUUACGCAAUACAAUAUUUAAGCUGUAUUGUUCAGCUUAGGCCAAUAAUGGCAAUAAAAAAAAUAUUUACACAUCUUCAUCAGACUGCAUGUAAUGUAAAAAUAUUUUAUUGUAUUUGUUCUUUAUAAACAGCUAUAAAAAAGCAUGAGCUCUAUUACACAAUAACAUAUUUUAGCUGUAUUGAGCAACUCAGGCUCAUAAUGUCAGUACAAGGCUUUAUUUUCACCCGCGGUCCUACUGUAGCAUCGACAUCCUCAAUCUGUUUAAAAAUUCAAACUUCAUGAAAGUCCAAACUGCUGUAGAGUGAAAAUCUGACUGCGAUCAUGUUCAUAAUAAUGUGAUGGUCAUUACAGCCACACUGAUUAACAUGGGAGUGUAUUAGAAGCUGCAUUAUGGUGGAUCUCGUGCAAAGCUACAUGUCGUAUUUACUGCAUCUAGUGUAAAAUAUGCUUUAGCUUAUAUUAACUAGGACACAUAAUCAUAAUUACUUAGAAUCACCAUGGUAACUGACCAUACACUACAGAUGCUGGAGACUGGUGGAGCAUUUAUUUCACUGCUUUGGAUUUAAAUGUGUUAAAUGUAAUUUCAGACAAGUUUCCAACACUCUUUUGAUGCAAAUUCAAAGCUGGUCCUCAACAUUAUAUGAUUUGCAGUAGACUAUUUACCAGGUCCAUAAAUCAAGAGACAAAGCAGUGAAGCCAAAAACCCGACAGUUAUCAUGUAUUAUAAAUGAUUUCAUUAUGUUCUU